CCCUUCGCUCAAACUCAAAUCAAACCCCAACCAAAACCCCAAACUCACUUUCUCCACUCUCUCCAUUCACAAUGCCUUCAAUCCCCGAAGAGCCUCUCCUCGCUCCCAACCCCGACCGCUUCUGCAUGUUCCCAAUCCAGUACCCCCAAAUCUGGGAAAUGUACAAGAAAGCCGAAGCCUCUUUCUGGACGGCGGAGGAGGUCGACCUCUCGCAGGACCUCCGCCACUGGGACUCCCUCACCGACGGCGAACGCCACUUCGUCACCCACGUCCUCGCCUUCUUUGCCGCCUCCGACGGCAUCGUCCUCGAGAAUCUCGCCGGCCGCUUCAUGAAGGAGAUCCAAGUCGCCGAGGCUCGCGCCUUCUACGGCUUCCAAAUCGCCAUCGAGAACAUCCACUCCGAGAUGUACAGCCUCCUCCUCGAAACCUACAUCAAGAGCUCCGACGAGAAGCACCACCUCUUCCACGCCAUCGAAACCAUCCCCUGCGUUGCCAAGAAGGCCCAAUGGGCCCUGCGCUGGAUCGACUCCUCCGACUCCUUCGCUGAGCGCAUCGUCGCCUUCGCCUGCGUCGAGGGAAUCUUCUUCUCUGGAAGCUUCUGCUCCAUUUUCUGGCUCAAGAAGCGCGGCUUGAUGCCUGGCCUCACUUUCUCCAACGAACUCAUUUCCCGCGACGAGGGGCUUCACUGCGACUUCGCCUGCCUCUUGUACUCUCUGCUGAGGAAGAAGCUCAGCGAGGAGCGCGUGAAGGAGAUCGUGAGGGACGCUGUGGAUAUCGAGAGGGAGUUUGUGUGCGACGCGCUUCCGUGCGCGUUGCUGGGGAUGAAUGGGGAGUUGAUGGGUCAGUACAUUGAGUUUGUGGCGGAUCGUUUGUUGGUUGCGCUUGGCUGCGGGAAGGUGUACAAUGUUCAGAACCCUUUUGACUGGAUGGAGCUGAUUUCGUUGCAGGGGAAGACCAAUUUCUUUGAGAAGCGCGUGGGGGAGUAUCAGAAGGCUUCGGUCAUGUCUAACUUAAAUGGGGAUGAUGGGAUCCACGUGUUCAAGAUGGAUGAAGAUUUUUAAUUUUUACUGUUCUUAAUUAGAUUUGUUAGUGGGUCUUUUACUGUCGUGGGUUUAUGUUAUUUUAUUUGCUGUGAAUUUUUUUUCUUGAGGAAUGAUAAAGUAUAGUUUCAGUUUAUUUGGGUU